CCUGGGCGGGAUAGAAGUGCAGGAUGCCCUCGUGCGAUCAGAUCAAAAUCAAGUAGGUCAGCGAUCGCGAUCGAAAUGGUAGUGCUAAUGCUAGAGCCUGGUUUCAGAUAUGUGCGUUUUCUGCGUCGUCGUGUGUAGUGCAAGUAUAGUGAGAAGCUCCGGCUUUAAGGCGUUUUCCGUCUCGUAAGAGGCUCGUGGCAUCGCAUCAAGGUCGUCGAAAUGUCGUUCAAACUCCGUGCGUUCGUUGCCGCUGACGGCAGAAAACGACGUCGGUUUUGCGCGGCGAGAAAAUCGAAAAGAAAAAAAAAUAUUUGGAGAUAAAUAUUUUUGGAACUACCGUAAGGUUGAUGUAUAGGAAUAGCGUCCCCCCAUACAAGAAAGUGACGGCCACGUCGAAGGCAACGCGUGUGGACAAGAAGGCGCGCGAACAAUCUCAAGCUGGUGCUCACCAAGACGACCAACCGCAAAGCUUCAGCACGCGUAGCCCGAAAGAAUUAGAAGCCCAGCUGUAUGGUUCAGAGGAUUUGAAGGCGUCCCUCCGACGCGUUCUAGACGUGGAUAACGUCAACGUUAGCCCGUCUGAAAUGGUGCCGAGCGUGAGCAAUCGAAUUCGCAACUUUGUCACUGCCGAAAACUUUGGUCAACAGCGAACGGAUCCGGAUGGCCAGGGCUCACUUCCUGCUGGUGAACCGGGAGCAAAUCACUAA